AUGAAUCCGGCGGCUCUUCCGUCCCUCGGACACAUCAAGUCCAUUUCUCUAACUGGGCGAAGACGUUGCCAAACCCAACUGCAACCAGUAUCUGGAAGGAGGAUUGUAAACAAAAUAAAGUCCCACCAUGCUUGGAUCCAGAAACUAUGAGUGACGGUCCGGCGUGUUGCCCUGCUGCUGAGGCGCUCUGGCGGAUGGGAAGUUGUGAGUCAGAGGCGGAGGACCAGCAACUUUUAUAGACUUUGAAGUCCCCUGCCUGCAAGUAGCCAGCAGCCCCAAUUUAGACUUCUUUUACUCAGGGAUUGUGCGUCGGGACAGUUGUUACAUUAGACCAGUAUUUUUAGGUUAUGCGUUGUGGAGGACGUCUUGAAGCGACACGGAAAUGGCAUUUCUGUUUUUUGUGGUUGACAAUGGAGAAUAAAUGAAAGGGACAUUUCAGGGGAUUAACUGACAGCACAACGACAGACGAUGUGAUGUUUUUUUUGCACAAAUGUCAUGAAGUCGUGCAAAUAAGGUAAAAGGGCGUCUUCACCCCACUGGCCUGUUAAGAGGACAGACUGUUCGACAAGGGGCCAGACCACAGGAGUUGAGACUGGUAAUGCGGGAGAGGGACCUACAGAGCAUGUGCAGAAGGGUGCUGCUGCUGACCGUCUGUAUGGUGUCUCUCUGGGGACAACUGACCAGCGCGUCGUCACACAGAAGCCACAUAGUUCAUGUGAAAGCAGGAACCUGUGAGGUAAUUGCUGCACACCGAUGCUGCAACAAGAACAAGAUUGAAGAGAGAUCCCAGACUGUCAAAUGCUCCUGCUUCCCUGGACAGGUGGCAGGAACAACAAGAGCAGCUCCAUCUUGUGUAGACGCAUCCAUAGUUGCACAGAAAUGGUGGUGCCAGAUGCAUCCCUGCAUGGACGGGGAAGAGUGUAAAGUGCUGCCAGAUCUCAAAGGAUGGAGCUGCAGUACAGGAAACAAAGUUAAGACAACCAAGGUCACACGAUAGUCGUCUAUUUCCAGGAUAACCUUGCUUGGAACCAGACGUUGUUUGUUUGACCAACACUGUAGGACAUUUGGAUACCAUGCGUUUUAAGGACCGGUGGAAACCAGGGACCAACAAGGAUAAAUAAUAAUCACGGACAUUCCACUGAACGAAUGGAAGAAAAGGACCAUGGAGCAUUAUAAGACUACAUAUCCAAAAAGAGUCCUGACUUUAGAUCCAGCAUCAACAGUAGCUGUCUCUGACCUCUACUGCCCACCAAAUCUCUCUUUGUAUUAUAGUUUUAUUCCUAUGAACUAGAAGACUCAACCAUGAAGAUAUUUAUUGACUAAAAGACUGUGGAUUACACCAGAAAAAAAUCACCCAUAAAGCAAAACCAUGUGAUGUGAAACAUUUGUGUUAUUUUGCCACAAAGAUCCCCAGGACUCUUGGAUGCAUAUCUGUGUUGAAGAUCUAGUGAGAUCAUAAGCAUUUUCAUUACUUUUAGCCUUAUGCAGCAGAUAUAUCUUCUCUUUUUUUGUUCAUUUGAAACUAUCAAGUGUUUGGCUUUCUUAAGUUUGUUAGGAUGUCAAGUCUCCUUUUUUAAAGACAAAAGACGAUGCCACAACAAUAAAACCCAGAAAAAAUGUAAUGAUGUUUGACUACAAGUCACCAAGAGUCAACAUAGCUGAGUUCUGCCAAAAUGUUUUAAUGGUAUCUGUUGUUUUCAAAGCCUGGUGACUACCAUUGAUUACAAAUGUCAAUAUUAUCUUAAUAAAUCUAACUCAAUGGAUAUCACU